AUGCCCCCGGACUACUCUGAAAAUGGGCUCAUGGAACCUGUUGAGGCAGCAGUGGAGGUGGAGGUAGCUGUAGGGGCAGCAGUGGAGGUGGAGGUAGCUGUAGGGGCAGCAGUGGAGGUGGAGGGGUUUUUACCAGAUUUGCCUGUAAAAAUAUAUAAUAAAAUUUAUUUUAAUUUUAUUUCGUUUCAGUUACCGUCUAAUGCUACAGAAUGGCUCAAGAUCUCAAAAGUCUUUGAAGAAAAAUGGAAUUUUCCCCACGUAAUAGGGUCCAUUGAUGGAAAACAUGUAACGUUAAAACAGCCUGCAAAUACUGGAAGCCAAUUUUUCAACUACAAACAAAACUUUAGCAUCGUGCUGUUGGGUAUAGUGGACGCAAAUUGCAACUUUAUUUUUGCUGAUGUCGGUUGUCAAGGGCGUAUCUCAGAUGGAGGUGUCUUAGCAAACAGUGCUAUUUAUGAAAGGCUGGAGCGACGGGAGUUAAAUAUACCUGCUCCUGAAAUUUUGCAAAUUCCCUACAACAUCGAGGUGCUAUAUUUCUUUUUGGGUGAUCAAGCCUUUGCAUUUAAAGAAUAUUGCCUUCGACCUUUCAGCGGAAUGCAUGCAGCAAACUCAAUUGAACGUUUGUUCAAUUACAGACAUUCACGCGCUCGUCGAACAGUUGAAAACGGUUUUGGUAUUGAUGCAAAGGUGUGGAGAGUUUUGGCAAAACCAAUGGAAUUGGAACCAGAUGUAGCGGAAAAAGUUGUCCUUGCAACAAUACAUCUGCACAAUUUCAAACGCAGACAUCUACUUUGGAACUAUAAUUCAACACUUCUUGCACGCUCUAGAAAUAUGGCAUCUACAUCUGAAGAAUCUAACGUUGAAUCCACUACUUCAAUGUUACCUCUUCGACAUGUUGCUUUGAGACCGACUAGAGUGUCGCAAAUCAUGCGAUUGCACUUGGCGCGACAUUUGAAAUUAAACGAUCCACUUCCGUUUUCUCUACCACAGCCUCGUAGAAUAACUUAAUGUAAAAUUCAGCCGGCAACCACUACCAUUCUACACACACACUUUUUUACUUACACUAUUUAGCGUUCGACGCGGAACAACCGUG